AUGGAUCGAAGCUCUCCCGAGUGGGAUCUCGACAGCGACGAGAUCGCAUCUGUCACAUCCCAAGAUCUGCACGACAACCGGCCAAACCGCUGGACAGGAGCACAAAGAACAUGGCAGCGCUUGACGGUGGAGGAGCGGCGGCUCUGGCAAUCGAUGGAGGCUGUCGAGGGUCAGGAUUUGGCGAUUCACUUGUACAACGCAUAUGCGCUGAAGAAGAGCGGAAAAGACUCUCAAACGGCACAUGAUGUCACGGUUACCCUGGAAAAUGGAGAGCAGGGUAUAUGGGCGCCCCCCAGAGUUUGGACAGCGUGGCCAUUGAACGAAAAGCGGGUGCCACAGCAGAAGCACAUCCGGAGAGAGGAUGACGAUGGGCAUGGCAGAUUUACAUUCCGCAAGGCGGAGAGACAGAUGCCUAGCUCCGAGCUGCAUGAGGAGCUGGGAGCGACUAUAUUGAGGCUGGCUGGAGAGCGUUUUCACAAAAGCAAGGCCAGAGAAAAGAGGCAAGUCGUGUUUGAAUCUAUUGAAGGAAAUGCGACGCCUUUCAAUCACGGCGAAUCUCAGAGAGAAGACCAAGAGACAUCAGGUCUAUCGGAUCCUUCUUCUGAGGACGAGAAAAUGAUGAUUGAUGAUGAUGGCGGCGAGGAUGAGCCAGCACAAACAAAACAAAAGAAGAGAGAGACGACAGAGGCAAAGGAGCCUGUAAUGUCUUCCAAUGACGAUCUAUCCUACGAAAUCAUCCGGCCAUCUGUUCGACACAUACUGUCACAGCUGGACGCGACCUUGCAUAUCCUCCACAAUGCCCGCGUCGCCACCACGAACUACGCAUCCGAUUCUUCAGCAACCUCCGACUCGGAAUCAGAUGCCCAUUCUGGCCCUAAGCGUAAACGUGGUCGCCCUCGCAGCACUCAGCUCACUGGAGCAGAAACCUCGCCUCACCCAGACGGCGCCGUUACACCGAAUGCUCGCCAAAGCAAAAGAGGUCGUCCACGGAAAAUCCACAUCCCUCGCGAAGGCGAGACACAUGAGGAGAUGCUCAUUCGCAUCGCGCGCGAAUCCCACAGAAGGCUUCCGGCACUAACACAAGACAGAGACGCAGCAUUCGAAGAAUGGCUCCGUCAGGGCGAUGAGAAGCUGGCGCGUGAGCAGGCCCUCCUUAGAGAGGAGGAAGAGCUGGGAAUCGAGCCGCAGGCCAGCGCUCAGGAGAGACGGCUACGCAGGCUUGGCCUCCGCGACUGGAGCGAUGUUGUCGGCGCUGCUGCCCUGGCUGGUUUCUCUCCCCAGGUCAUUGCCCGGACAGCGAAGCGAUGCGCCAAUCUGUUUGGCCAAGGUAUGGUGGUGCGGCGUUUGGAUGAGGCGCCUGCUUCUAGAGCACCGGCCUUUCAUACGAUGGAAUACCGGCCAGAGAAGAUCAAGCUCGGCCUGGACGAAGAUUCCGAUUCAGACAGCCAAGCGAACGCCGUAACUGCUGCGUCAUCCCGCAACACGCUCUCCCGCCAGGCCUCGCUGGGCCGUCUCUCGAGUCGCGGGCGCAGCUCAUCCCCCUUCCGCGGGCGCUCCUCGCCUCACUCGGCGUCUUCUACCUUCGGCACGCCCAGGAAUCGCUCACAAUCGAAAUCCCGCUCGAGGUCGCGCUCCUCGGCAGGUUUCCACCUCUGUCCGGUCCCUACGUGCGAGCGCUCGGCUACGGGCUUCACGAGGAGGCAGAAUCUACGGCGGCAUAUGCAACUUGUGCACCCUGGGCGGGGAGAUGAAGACGAGGAGUGGGAUAGCGAGGAUGAGGUGUUGGGAGCGGUGCACGUGGAUGGGUUCUUGAAGCCGAUUAAUCCUGCUAGGGGAUGGAGG